GUUCUUUUUCCUCGACCUUAUUCAAAAAAUAUGUAUCUAGCAUGACUUGCAACCCAUAGAGAUUUAAAGUAGUUCAAAAUAGUCCAAAAAGCGCUCCAUGCAUGAUCUUUAUCGACCGAGAAAACUAAGGUUCGCAGGGACAUGUUCUUCUUCAAAUAUCCUACCAUUACAAGUCUUCCAGGGACUAUAUAGUGCAUUGACAAAUACAGAAAAUGCAGUAGGAAACGAGUUGGCAUGCAUACAUGGAAAAUAUGCAAUAUUGUUGUCGGAAAAGAAAGACACGUUAAGAUAGCAGAAAAGCGGGAUUUUGACAUUUAGCUUCUUUUGCUCUCAUAUAUUCUCCUCCACAAAAUAAAAUGAAUUACGGGCUUGAACUAACACAGCAAGACGCUAUCCUUCAACCUGACAUUUACACGACCGCUUUCGAACCGUUCAUUGCCAAUGGCGGUGCACCCAUGGACGCAGUAUCUGCGUUGUCAGAGUCUUACGUUGGGUAUCCUUCCAUGAUUAAAGUAGCUGCGGAUGCUGCGUCUGUAAUGGGCAUUGAUUGUCAAGCGAUUUUACGCGAAACUGUGAAAAACAAACUCAUGAAUAAGUUUGAUCCAAAAGCGAUCGAUCGGGCCCUCCUGAAUUCACAGUCUCCUGCAUCAAUGGAUUGGUUAGAUGGGCUCGUGCACGAUACGGAAUGGCGCCAUAUGAUUUAUGAGCUACUUAACAAAUAUCCUCGCUGCGAAUUUUUGAAUUUUGCAAUCAUGCGAAUGGCAGAAGGUGGUUAUCAACAAGAAGUUGCGCAGUUAAGAACAGCUUCAAGUUAUGUCAAGGUUUACAAUUAUAUCUUGAAUGACGCAUUUGCCAAACUUGGAGGAGAGGAUGAUAUUGGAUUUGAGGAGAAUUUGCCGGCACUUUUGCGCGUUUGCUCCGAUCAACAACAUACUUACUUGUAUGCUCUAGUGCUUAUACAGCGGCUGUAUGAAGAGUUUAAUGAUAUUUCUUUUCUUCGUCUGGCAAAGGAGCUGGAAAAAGCUGCUAUUGCCCGUGGACAACAUGAACUUGUUUAUAUCAUCAAAUCAUGCACACUCAACAUGCCACAAAAUCUAGCAACCGCACUUAAAGCCAUUCGCGCAUCUAGACAGCCAACACCUGGUGAUUUAAUGACAAUUUACAACAUAUAUACCUCAGCACACGCGCCUAGCGUAUACUUUAUUCGUGAUUAUGAUUUUAUUGUGCUUAUGCUACAAGCACUUUACGUACCUGAUGCCGUACCUAACAUGAAACCAGACCUUGUUGACAAGCUGAUAAGUCUAUUGGCGUACGCUACUGCGUAUAAUGAUUCAAAACCCAGAGAUCAACAAGAAGAUAAUUUGAGGCGCGUUGGUCGAGCUCUGAAAAACCUCCACAAGAGCUUACAGAAGAAAACAGGGGCAAACUUUUCAGGUGCAAUGAUUGAAAUCGUCGAGGGCAUGCAGGUUCCGGCUGCAUCAAUGGGUAUACUCUUAUGGAUUGAGUAUAUUUCCACCCGAACACAAUACUACGACACCUACUAUCGGACAAGCGAAGUUCCGUUACCACAUCUAUUACUGGAUGAAAUAGCUUCCAUCCAUCCAUUACAACAACCUAUCGUCUUGGAAGUGAUCAAACGCUGCUUCUUGCAUCCUUAUCAAAACUUUGCUCCAGAAACACUGGCUGCAUUGCAAAAGCAAUGGAUCGAACGAUUGGUUCAUCUCGUGGAACUGAACUAUACACUUCCAGUGCUCAAGUUUAUCCGAAACGUGGCUCGAGAAAUUGAUUACAGUUUGACUGUACACUUUGUGACCAAAGUGCUGGAACUGGCGCAGGCGCCUUACAGUGUUGAAUUUGUCGAACAUAUCAUUGAUACUCUCGUCCCCAUUGCUGAUACCCUUGUUAUUGUCAAGGGCUUCGAACCGAUCCUUCAGAAAUUUAUUGCGCAAGUGCAAGUACCUGGCGCUGUAGAGGACGGUAUAUUGACUGACGAACUUGGCGAAAAAAUGGCAAUUUUGGUUGCAAAGCGAAAGCCUCACCGAAAAUCUUUACAUUAGCCCACAUUCUCUUUUACCAUGAUAAUAUCUUGACAAUAAAAUUCUUGUGUUGGGAGCGAAUUGAUCACCUGUGUAA